CUGUGUUGGAACGUUGGAAUCUUGGAACAAAGCUAGAGCCAGAACCGCUAGAGCCAAUCAACGAAGUUGACUGUGUAGUAUGAUGUGAACACUGUUUUAUGGGUGCAACUUAACCAAAUUUUUCAAAAUGUCAAAAUAAUUUCUUUCGGAUUCUUUAUUCUUUUUCAAACAACAAAACCUAGUUUAUGGUGAUUACCAGGAGAAUAAACACACAAAGAAACCAUUUAAAACAUGGAAAAGCAGUCGGAUUUGGAGACAAAAUACCAAAGACUAGCCGCUGAAUAUUCCAAGGUAAGAUCUCAAGCUACGGUGCUUAAAAAGGCCGUACUAGACGAGCAGGCGAGAAGCUCGGAACUAAAAGAUGCCAUUAAGAAACAUGAGCAGACAAUGAGGAAACAUGAUCAGGAAAUGGAGAGUCUCACUUUUCGGAAUGAGCAGUUGACAAAAAGGAUAUCGGUUCUUCAGCAAGAAUUACAAAUCAACUGUCACACUAAGAAAGGCAAACAAAAACCUACAGAAAAUAAUGGUGUAGAUCUGGGAAUUCUAGAUGAAGAGUUUCAAAAGAAAAUCUUAGAAAAUGCCCAGUUACUCAGUAGUAUAUCAGAUAAGGAUAUUGAAAUAGUGAACCAUAAAGAAAGAAUAGAAUGGCUAGAGGAGAAAAUAAAAAAUUUAGAAAAGGAACUAGGAAACAGGGAUGCUGCUAAUAGAGAGAAGUUUCUUAGAAUUAAACAAGAAAAUGAAGCUUUAAAUAAUAAAAUUAAAGAAAUGACUUUGAAAGAUAAUGAAAGAAGGCAUUCUUUAAAUGAAAAUGAUGAAAAAAUAUUAUUUUGGAAAACUGAAGCAGAAAAAUUAAAGACAGAAUGUGAGCUUUUGAGAAGUAAACCAACUUCAAAUGAAAAACUAACAGAAUAUUACGAAACCCAACUAAGGGAUAUGUUGGAAGCAAAAACACUGGCUCUAUCCGAGACCAAAUCAAUUUUUGCUGAAAAUCAAGCUUUGAAAUCCAGGUUGGAUGCAGUGAUUUUUGACUUCAGCGAACUCCAAAAGAAACUAGAAAAAAGUUACGAAGAAUUACUAACAACAAAUCAAAACUAUAGAAGUCAGCUUGAUGCUAUGACAGAACACUUGGCUGCACAGAAUGAAAAAAUUACAGGGCAAUGUGAUGAAAUUCAAAUAUUGAGGCAUAAGUUAUCUGCAAAAAAAUAAUAACAAUAACAAUUGAUUGGUAAGUUAUGGACAAUCAUUGUCAUAUGUGUUUGAGAUGAGAAUUCAUGUGCUAUGAUAAUUGAAGAUGGAAAUUUUGAAGAAAAAACUUAUCUGGAUAUGUGCAAUGAGUUAUUUUUAGCUUAUUGAUUCUGCUGGACAGAAUCACAACUAACUUUUUAAGAUUCAUCAUUAAAUUUUUAUUUCUAAGAAGUAAAACAUUCCCUUGAUUUUUCAUUCAAAAUUCCAUAUUGGAUAUUGGAUAUGGAAGUAAAUAUUUUAUUUGUAUAAUAAAAAUAAAUUGUGAUCUAUUAACUUUACUAUUGUUAGUUCAAUAUCAUAAUAGUUUUAAAAUAAUAUAUGUAUCUACACUAUUAAUGCCUUGAAAUCAAUUAAAAAAAUAAUAAUAAUCCUCUACUUUUUGUGAUAGGUAGAGUAGCUUAUUAGCAGUGCCGUAUCUUGUGAUGGUUUGAGAGCAGCCAGGGCCUGGAUGUCAAAUAUAAAAUUUGAUAAAAUUACAGAACAAACAAUAUUUAUAGUUAAAUUAUUCAAACUCGACAACAUACUGAGAACAGUCCCACACAAGCAUUUGAAAACUAGAAUGAGAAAAAGGCUUACCUAUAAAUUCAAAUCAGAUGGUUUUCUGACACUUUAUAAUGGGUUUUCAGCCAUUAAACUUACAAACAGCAGGGAAUUUCUUGUAUGAUAAUUUAUGUCCUCAUAUCUCAUAAAAUUUCCAAAUGUCCAAAUUCCCCUGAAUGUAAAAAUGAAAGCUCUGUGGUAUCACCAGCUGGAUUGACUGAAUUGUAACAUAUCAGUCAGUUGGAAUAA